CGGGAAAGAUUUGUACUCGAGUAGCUCCCAUUCACCUUAAACCCUACACACAUUCCACGUCUCUGUUUUCUUUGAUCAUGGCCCAAAUAAACUGAAAUCUCUCAAUCUCUCGUCCCCUGAUUCUGCGACAGCCCUAGAAUUUCGAAAUCACGUCCUCUUUCUGUGCGACUCACCAACGCCGCUGCUCACAACCACCUACCAACGCUGCUUGACAGUAAGUUACUUGAAGUGCCAAGGUGAAAAUUCUGUCCAUAUCCACCACUAAUAAUGGGGGUGAUCGAAGACUCUGUUACUUUGGAUGCGAGUCAAGGUAUGAGCAAAGUUGACAGGCAAUUCCUUGCUGCUCCUGUGAAGUCUGCUGUUGAUAAGUUUCAGCUACUUCCUGAGUUUCUUAAGGUGAGGGGAUUGGUGAAGGAACAUUUGGACUCUUUCAAUUAUUUUGUCAAUACUGAAAUAAAGAAGAUUGUUCGUGCUAAUGACCUUGUGAAAACUAAAGUAACUGAUAAGGUCUUUCUCAGAUAUACAGAUGUUUGGAUUGGAACGCCUUCUGUGGUUGUGGAUGGUGUUACUGAUGUACUGACUCCUCAAAGGUGUCGGCUGGGUGACAUGACGUAUUCUGCUCCAAUAUAUGUAAACAUUGAGUAUUGCAAUGAUAUUUAUGGUUAUAAUGCCAAUCUACAAAAAAAAACAAAAGUUAUUAUAGGAAGAAUGCCUAUCAUGUUAAAGAGCAAUAAGUGUGUCCUUUAUGGUAAAGAUGAAGAUGAACUUGCAAAAGUAGGUGAAUGCCCACUUGAUCCAGGUGGAUAUUUUGUUGUUAAAGGAAAUGAAAAGGUUAUUUUAAUUCAAGAACAACUUUCAAAGAACAGGAUAAUCAUAGACACAGAUAAGAAGGGUUGCAUCCAGGCAUCUGUUGUGAGCAGCACAGCAACAACAAAGAGUAAAACAACUAUAGUAAUGGAGAAAGAGAAAAUAUAUUUGAUUUUGAAUUCUUUUACUUCCAAGGUUCCCAUUAUGGCAGUUAUGAAAGCUAUGGGUAUGGAAAGUGAUCAGGAAGUUGUGCAGAUGCUUGGUAGAGAUCCUCAAUAUGCUGCUCUGCUUUUGCCAUCUAUUGAGGAUUGUGCAAAUCAGGGUAUUUAUACACGAGAACAAGCUUUGGAAUUUCUUGAAAAAAGGCAUAAGAAGAGAUAUGGUAAGGGUACUGAGGAUGAGGGAGCUUUGGGUGUUCUUCGGGAUAUUUUUAUUGCCAUGGUUCGGGUGAGAGAUAAUAAUUUUCAUCCUAAAUGUGUAUAUGUUGUGGUGAUGUUGAGACGCAUGAUGGAUGCACUUUUAAACAAGCAUUCCAUGGAUGACAAAGAUUAUAUAGGCAACAAAAGAUUUGAGCUUUCGGGGCAAUUGAUAUCUCUACUAUUUGAGGACUUAUUCAAGACAAUGAAUACCUCUAUAACUUUGCAUUUAGAUAAAAACCUAGACAAGAUCAGUCCUUCUAGCAAGUUUGAUAUAUCUAAGUGUAUAGUGAAAGAGGAUAUUACUAAUGGCUUGGAGCGCAGCCUCUCUACUGGAAAUUGGAAUGUUAAGCGAUUUAAUAUGGACAGAACAGGCGUAACACAGAUUGUUUCAAGGCUGUCCUUCAUUGCAGCAUAUGGAUACAUGACAAAAAUCUCACCACAGUUUGAAAAGUCAAGGAAAGUCAGUGGACCUAGGGCCUUGCAACCUAGCCAGUGGGGAAUGCUUUGCCCAUGUGACACUCCUGAAGGUGAACAGUGUGGGUUGGUGAAAAAUCUGGCUUUGAUGACUCAUGUUACAACCGAUGAAGAGGAAGGCCCUAUUAUCGCCUUGUGCUCCUGUUUGGGAGUUGAAGACUUGUCUCAACUUUCUGGAGAAGAACUUCAUUCACUGAGUUCAUAUCUCAUCAUAUUAAAUGGUCUUAUCCUUGGAAAGCAUAGGAAGCCACAGUUCUUUGCUAAUGCAAUGAGGAAACUGAGAAGGACGGGUAAAAUAGCUGAUUUUGUAAGCGUUUAUGUCAAUGAGAAACAACGUUGUGUUUAUAUUGCUUCGGAUGGUGGCCGUGUUUGUCGGCCACUUGUGAUUGCUGACAAUGGUGUUUCAAGGAUUAAGCAUCAUCACAUGAAAGAGUUGAAGGAUGGAGUUCGCAAUUUCGAUAGCUUUCUUCAGGAAGGAUUGAUAGAGUAUCUUGAUGUCAAUGAAGAGAACAAUGCUUUGAUUGCUUUAUAUGAAGGAGAAGCUACCAGUGAGACAACACAUAUUGAAAUAGAACCAUUCACAAUCUUAGGUGUUUGUGCUGGGCUCAUUCCUUUUCCUCAUCAUAACCAGUCCCCAAGAAAUACCUAUCAGUGUGCCAUGGGAAAGCAAGCAAUGGGUAAUAUUGCAUAUAACCAGCUAUGUCGGAUGGAUACUUUGAUCUACCUUUUGGUUUAUCCUCAACGCCCACUAUUGACAACAAGAACAAUUGAGCUGGUUGGGUAUGAUAAGCUAGGAGCUGGACAAAAUGCAACUGUUGCAGUUAUGAGUUAUAGUGGUUAUGAUAUUGAAGAUGCCAUUGUUAUGAAUAAAUCAUCCUUGGAUCGUGGUUUUGGUCGCUGUAUUGUAAUGAAAAGACACACAGCUGCCUUUCAGAAAUAUCAGAAUACAUUUGAUCAGAUUAAUAUACCUAGCCGGGCCCCACAUGAUCGAGAAAAGAAUCAGAUUUUGGAUAAUGAUGGACUUGCUUCUCCUGGUGAAAUAAUAAGACAUCAAGACGUUUACUUCACGAAAUUAAUCCCUGAAAAUACAAAUGUUUCUCUCAAGUCACAGCCAACAAAUAAUAAAGGUAGACCAUAUAGACAAACCUACAAAGGUGCAGAAGGGGAAGCAGCUGUUGUGGAUAGAGUGGCUUUAUGCUCUGAUCAGCGUGGCAAUUUAUGUGUUAAAUUCAUGGUUCGCCAUACUCGUAGGCCUGAGGUUGGUGACAAGUUUAGUAGUAGGCAUGGGCAGAAAGGUGUUUGUGGGACCAUUAUCCAACAAGAAGAUUUUCCUUUCUCUGAACGAGGCAUAUGCCCAGAUUUGAUUAUGAACCCUCAUGGCUUUCCAAGUCGAAUGACUGUUGGAAAGAUGAUAGAGCUUCUUGGAAGUAAGGCUGGAGUUUCAUGUGGGAAGUUUCAUUAUGGAAGUGCAUUUGGUGAACCAAGUGGUCAUGCACACAAAGUUGAAGAUAUAAGUGAAACCCUUGUGAAGCAUGGAUUUUGUUACAACGGGAAGGAUUUUCUAUAUUCAGGAAUCACUGGUAUGCCACUACAAGCAUAUAUUUUCAUGGGACCAAUAUACUACCAGAAACUAAAGCACAUGGUCAUGGAUAAGAUGCAUGCUCGAGGCAUGGGCCCACGUCAACUCAUAAGUAGACAACCCACAGAAGGGAGAAGCAACAAUGGAGGUUUGAGAGUGGGAGAAAUGGAACGAGAUUGUUUGAUUGCUUAUGGAGCUAGUAAUCUGAUAUAUGAACGUUUAAUGAUCUCUAGUGAUCCCUUUGAGGUUCAGGUUUGUAGAAAGUGUGGGUUACUAGGGUACGAAAAUCGUAAGACAAAAACUAAAGUAUGCUCCACAUGCAAAAAUGGAGAUAACCUCUCAUCCAUGAAACUACCAUAUGCUUGCAAGCUUUUAUUCCAGGAAAUCCAGUCGAUGAAUAUAGUUCCAAAAUUGUCAUUGGCCGACUCAUGAUUGACACAUGUAUAUGUUUUUUUAAGAAAAAAAAAAUUAUGGGUGAUUUUUGAACAAACAUAUCUUCAUGGAUGAUAUUUUUGACCAAAAGUAAUAGUAACUUACAUUCUCAUAA